GCGAUCCACCCCGGGUUUUGUGUGCACCGGGCGGGCGGGCGGUGACGGUGACGGUGACGGUGAUGGCGGACGGGCGGCGCUGAGGGAAGAGGUGCCCAGAGGGAAGAACAAUUCUUGGAAUUUGAAUCUUUCCCCAGCGCACAAUGUCAAAGCUAAAAAGUUCUGAAUCGGUGAAGGUGGUUGUACGAUGCCGGCCGAUGAAUGACAAGGAGGUGGCAGGAGGCUACGCCGAAAUUGUUCACAUUGAUGUAAAACUGGGGCAGAUUUUGGUGAAACACCCCAAAGCAAGUCCAAGUGAAUUACCCAAGACAUUCACGUUCGAUGCUGUGUAUGAUCAGCAUUCUAAACAAGUAGAUUUAUAUGAUGAGACUUUUCGACCUCUCGUGGAAUCGGUUCUAUUGGGUUUCAAUGGAACAAUAUUUGCCUAUGGACAAACUGGAACUGGGAAAACAUUCACAAUGGAGGGAAUCCGUUUAGAUCCUGAAAGAAGAGGUGUUAUCCCAAAUUCCUUUGAGCACAUAUUCACGCACAUAUCGCGAUCACAAAAUCAGCAGUAUUUGGUGAGGGCGUCGUAUCUGGAGAUUUAUCAGGAGGAAAUAAAGGAUUUACUAGCAAAAGAUCAAACAAAGAGAUUGGAGUUAAAGGAAAGACCAGACACUGGCGUGUAUGUCAAAGACCUGUCCUCUUUUGUGACAAAGAAUGUCAAAGAAAUCGAACAUGUCAUGAAUGUUGGCAAUCAAAAUCGAUCGGUGGGUUCCACAAACAUGAAUGAACAUAGCUCGCGUUCCCAUGCUAUCUUCGUUAUAACAGUGGAGUGCAGUGAAAUUGGACUUGAUGGUGAGAACCAUAUCCGUGUUGGAAAGUUAAAUUUAGUCGACCUCGCUGGCAGUGAACGGCAGGCUAAAACUGGAGCCCAAGGAGACCGGCUAAAAGAAGCGACCAAGAUUAACCUUUCUCUCUCAGCUCUAGGCAACGUGAUAUCUGCAUUAGUGGAUGGUAAAAGCACUCACAUUCCUUACCGGGAUUCCAAGCUAACACGAUUACUGCAGGACUCAUUGGGUGGGAAUGCCAAAACGGUGAUGGUGGCAAAUAUCGGCCCUGCGUCCUAUAACUGCGAAGAGACCCUGACAACACUAAGAUAUGCAAACCGCGCGAAGAACAUCAAGAAUAAACCACGCGUAAAUGAAGAUCCGAAAGAUGCACUUUUGAGGGAGUUCCAAGAGGAGAUAGCGCGGCUGAAAGCCCAGCUGGAAAAACGAGGGGUGGGCAAGCGAAAGAAGAAAAACCGAAGGAGGCAGGGAGGCGAAGGAGAGGAGGAUAUCGAGGAUGAUGACGGAGAAGACGAGGAAGGAAUUAAAAAUGAUCCUGAAUACUGGAAGGCCCAACAGGAAAAGCUGGAGAUGGAGAAGCGAGCCAUUUUUGAUGACCACAGCCUCGUGGCAGAAGAAAAACAAAAGUUACUGCAUGAAAAGGAGAAAAAGAUGGGGGAUGUGCGGAGAGAGAGGGAAGCCUCCGAAGCACUCGCUACUAAAAUAAAGGCUAUGGAAAGCAAACUUCUUGUUGGAGGGAAAAAUAUUGUGGAUCACACAAAUGAGCAGCAGAAGGUUCUGGAACAGAGACGCCAAGAAAUCGCAGAGCAGAAACGGCGUGAACGUGAGAUGCAACAGCAAAUGGAAACUCAGGACGAGGAGACACUGGAGCUAAAGGAGACAUUCAGUUCACUCCAGCAAGAAGUGGAUGUUAAAACUAAGAAGCUAAAGAAGCUCUUUGCUAAGCUGCAGGCAGUAAAAGCUGAAAUUGAUGACCUGCAAGCGGAGCACAUCAAAGAGCGACAACAGCUGGAGCAAACUCAGAACGAACUCACAAGGGAACUCAAACUGAAGCACCUUGUAAUUGAGAACUUCAUACCUUUGGAAGAAAAGAAUAAAAUCAUGAACAGAGCUUAUUUUGAUGAGGAAGACGACCAGUGGAAGACCCAGCCGAUCACCCGGAUCGAAGGGAAUCAGCAGAUGAUGAAGCGACCUGUAUCAGCAAUUGGAUACAAGCGACCACUUAGCAGCUAUGCAAAAAUGGCUCUGGUCUCGAGGUCAGACCCUAGAUACAGGGCUGAAAACAUCUUGCUAUUGGAACUGGACAUGCCCAGCCGAACCACUCGUGACUAUGAAGGACCUGCCAUUGCUCCAAAGGUGCAAGCUGCACUGGAGGCUGCACUGCAGGAUGAAGACGAGCUUCAAGUCGAUGCAUCUACAUUUGACCCUCUCGGAAGUGGCAGUGCGAGAAAAUCUAAAUCCAGCAGGCCUAAAACUGGGAAGAAAAUGGGCCCCUCGUCCUCAGUUGGGUCAGGAACCCAGCUUUACCCACAGUCUCGCGGCCUUGUUCCCAAGUAACUCCGUCCUCGAGAAGAUAAGUAACUUGUCAGCAGGGACGAACAAGCAGAGAUAAAUAAGCUUCGGCUCCAGGUCUCAUUUGCAUCUGGCCCUGUUCAGAUCAGAAGUAUUAUUUCAGUUGAAAUUAAAUUAACAAUUGUAUUUUA